CAACUACUACGUAGCCCGUAUACUACCGUACGUAGAUAUCAGACAAGGAACGUAUGCAAAAUCACAUAGUUUCAGUGAGGGGCAACGGUGUGAAUUCUCAGUAGAAAUAUCACCCGGAAUGCACACCAGGAGCUUCCUUGCGUUCCAGCGUAACCUCACUGGUAAAUCGCCCACUCAAUAACCACAAGAGAGUCCAAACUCCAGGCCAGCUGUUCCAAGAGAACUAGUGAAAGAGAAGGAAGCGCAAGAACUCAAGAUGAAGGCAGCCUUACUCGUCGUUGACAUGCAAGAGGACUUCUGUCCACCCAACGGAGUUCUUCCAGUCCAGGAGGGGCGCGCAAUCGCACCUAUUAUAAAUGAGUUGUUGGCACACCGGGGGUUCGCGGUACGGGUGGCCACACAAGAUUACCACCCAGCGGACCAUAUCUCCUUUGCCAACAGCCAUCCCCCUCCCAACAACCACCCUUUUGAGAGUGUGAUUACCGUGAACAACCCAGCCCCGGGGAAAGGGCAUGAAACCAAACCACAAAACCUGUGGCCGGCGCACUGUGUUGGGGAAACCAGGGGAGCUGAGAUCAUCCCCGAGAUUCAUACCAGUAACAUCGACCUGUAUGUGAAGAAAGGUAUGCACUCUCAGGUGGAAAUGUACUCCGCUUUUGCCGAUGCUUUUGGGAAUGUUGAUCCUUCUAUUACGGCUCAAUCGGUGGAUGCCGACCUCCAGGACUUCCUGUCCAACAAGGGCGUCACGGACGUCUUCGUGGUUGGACUGGCGGGCGACUAUUGCGUUAAGCAUACAGCUAUUGAUGCCGCGAGGGUAGGCUUUAAAAGUUACGUGGUUGAGAAUGCCACUCGGUGUGUCGUGCCGGGUUCGGGUUGGGACGGAGCCAAGCGGGAAUUGAGGGAGGCCGGAGUAUCCAUUAUUCAAUCAAAUAGCCCUGAGAUUUCUGGUCUGGAAAUCUGAGCUCUCAGAUCGUAUGGUUCAAAUGUGACUGACCAGGGUGGGCUCUUUCUGGAUCAUUGUUUUGAGGAUGGCGGUGAGUUUCUUGUUAGUUUAGCCAUCAUCGACCUAUAGUUAGGUAGUUACCCGAAUUGAACGAUUGGUUUCAAUA